GAACCAAACCCUUUACAAAAGAAGGGUCAAAACUUUCUCUUCCAUUUUUGUCUCUCUCUCUCUCUCUCUCUACAAACCUAAUACUACAUCGGAGAUACAGAUCUAAAACAUCUCCAAAAAUCUAAAAAAAUGGCAUUGGGUGGAGGUGGUCCACAGAGAGGUACUGCUGCAGCCUCUGCUGCCAACCUACGGCGCAGGAGGACAACUAGUGGUGGAGCUGCUGGAGGAGCCGGUGGUACUAUGCUUCAGUUCUACACUGACGAUUCCCCAGGACUCAAGAUUUCUCCUAAUGUUGUGCUUGUGAUGAGCAUUGGUUUCAUAGCUUUUGUUGCACUCCUCCAUGUCAUGGGUAAGCUGUACUUUGUCCGCAAGGAAGGGUAGAGAAUUUCAAUAUCCCGUUUUCCUCUCAAGAGAAUUGGGUGUCAACUGAUUGAGAAUUCGUCUAAGACAAACUGAACUGAUAGACUUACCUUUUUUGAUUUUCCUGUACUGUAACGAGUUUAUAGAAAAUUUCAAGUUCUGAGUUACUGGUUUUUCUAUGUUGUUUCGACAUCUAGAAAGAAUAGGACGUACCGAGUUAUGUUUCGUUUACCCUUGA